UCACUCCCAUAACCGCUCGCUUGGCAGCCCGGAGCGGGCGCGUCGUGUUCUACGUUUGAAUUUACGCAUUUAUAAAUCAAAAAAUUCAAAUAAGUUUUCAAUUUAAAAAGAAACAGCACAAUAUAAUAUCUCAUAGUUUAAAAAGAAAUAACUUUUAAAAGUUUUAUUCGUAAUUUAAAAGUAAUUCGAAUGAGGAAUGUUAGUUUUUCUGCUAAUAAGUAACAAAAACAACUUACUGUGCAGUGUAUCGUGUGAAAUUGUGGGUUUUUGUGUCUUUUUAAUUAUUUAGUUUGUUAAAAGUGGUUCAAAACUAUACAAGUUUUGGUGUGAAGUGCUUUUAGGACUGUGGAAGUACGUCGACAGUUGCUCAACCGGUUUUUUUCGUAAUCCCAUCCAACCAUGGUACCGAAGAAAAGAAUAUUGAGGUUGGCGCUGGCAAUACUGUUCCUGGUCAAAUCAUCAGAGCAACAUGGGUCCGGAGCCCCUCCUGGUGCCUGCGUAGACCAGCUGCCGAGACACUCCACGAUCCAACCUCAGACGACCCCCCCUCCGUACGUGAUACUGACGUCAUCACCUCAAGUGCGACAGGGAGAUAUUCUGAACGUAACAGUAGGCAGCCCCGCCGGCGCACCCGUGCCCAUAGGAGGAUUCAUACUGCAGGCCAGACAAGUUCAGAACCCAGACACGAUAAUCGGCAAGUUUAUCGCGGUGCCGGACCCACGCAGCACUCAGAUCAUCAGUUGUCGCGGCGACAACGACACAGUGACGCACUCCAACCCCGAGGAGAAACCUGCGCUCACCUUCCAGUGGAGGGCGCCAGUGGACUUCCUGGGCAGCAUAGAGUUCAGAGCAACAGUAGCCCAGGGCUACGCAACAUUCUGGAAGGGCGUGGAAUCUUCGUUGGUGGAGAUCGUAACUAACGACACAGUCAUCACCACGUCAUCUCCACUGCCCACCACCGCGAACACCACGCCUGAACCACCUGUCAUUUUGGGAGUUAGGCAAAAACCAACUGACGCGCCUUUAGACGUGAUCUACCAGGGAUGCGCGGAUACAAAACUCUGCUUUGGAGUGCCAGCAAACUGCAUCCAGACUGGCAACUGUCUGGCUGUUGUAGCAGUGUUCGUUGCUGGCGACACUUACACCUUCGAACUCCAGGGUAGUGGCAACCCGAAGUAUGUAGCUGCUGGCCUUAGCAUGGACAACAAGAUGGGAGACGAUAGCGCCAUGGAAUGUGUCAGAAUGGACAACGGAAGAAUCAGGUUGUACACCUCUUGGACCUACCCAAAGAAGGAGCCGUAUGUCAGGAGAUCAGAUUCGCCACAAGAUAUAGUGCAGUUGCAAGAAUCUUCUAUGAUUGACGGGAAGCUGUAUUGCAAGUUCCGAAGAGACACGGUCUCGACGGUCAUGGGACAGACCUUCGAUCUGGCGAAUAAUAAGUACAACUUGAUGAUCGUGUCUGGUGAUUCUAUGAAAGAUGCCGAUAGAGUAGGGUUCCACUCUCAAGCGUAUGAGUCUACAGGCGAGCCGCUAGCGUUGGCCACUGUUGGUACUGCCGGCGCCAGUUCCAAACUGCUGCUCAAACUGCACGGCUGCUUCAUGCUGACUGCCUGGCUGGGGACGGCCUCGCUGGGAAUCCUCUUGGCUAGGUACUUCAGACAGACGUGGGUGGGCAAACAAUUAGGCGGCAAGGACAUUUGGUUCGCUUACCACAGGAUCCUGAUGGUAGCGACGUGGGUUCUGACAGUGGCAGGGUUCAUCCUCAUCCUGGUGGAGGUGGGCGGCUGGUCCACCACGGGGGACAACCCUCACGCCAUCACAGGCAUCGUCACUGUCAUACUCUGCUUCAUACAGCCUAUUGGUGCUUACUUCAGACCACACCCCGGCACCAAGAAACGGCCAAUCUUCAACUGGAUGCACUGGCUUGGUGGUAACGCAGCACACAUCCUUGGAAUCGCAACAAUAUUCCUGGCAGUAUACCUGACGAAGGCCGAGCUGCCGCAAUUCAGCGUGUACAUCCUCGCAGCAUUUGUCGCCUUCCACGUCGUCAUGCACUUAGUCCUCUCGCUAACGGUAUGCGUGUCAGAGGGCCGCAUCAGCAACGGUCGCGUCAACUCGUUCCCUAUGAAGGACAUGAUGGGGCAGCCGCGACAGGCCACACAGAUUGACAGGAGCAUUGAUGCGCCGUUCUCCGGCUUCAGGAAGCUCAUGCUGUCGAUCUACGCUCCAGUUAUCGUGCUGUUCGUAAUUGCUAUGAUUUGUCUGGUUGCGUUAGCGCCUAUUAAUGACACAAUCAAUAACAUUAUGGGUGCUUAAUAAGGAUAUUUAUAUCAGUUGUUCCCAAUUAAUCAUACGCUUUAGACGUGGGCACAUACAGGGACACUCCAUAGAUGCAACUAUGUGCUGCCUUACCAAUUGCGUGCUAACGAGACAGACAGUCCCCGCGCGCUCCGCUGAUGCUUACGUCAGACUGAAGUGGAUAACAAAUCCGGAGCGGGGUGAGGUAACUCGUAUCGGUGCGGGGCGGAGUUUUGUCUACUCUUCCAUGGGUAUGCGUACUAUUAAACGGGAACAACUAGACAAGAACCACAGAUUUAUACAUUUUAUCGGUUCCGUUUCUAUGCUGAAAACAAAAUUCAACUUUUGUCUCCUUCUUUCCUGUUUUCUUCUCAUACAAAGCUUCAUGAGGCAAAUUGUUAAUACGACGUUUUAUUUACAGUCGGUCUUCUGUCGUUUCCAUAAGCACCGUUUUAGAAAAACUUAGCAGAAGACCUAUAAGAACAGCAUAGAAAUGGACCAGGGGGGUUAAAAUGGCCACAUCGAAGCAAUUCAUAUAAGAAAGCAAUAUUGCAAUUUGACAUUUGCGCAUAUAAAAGUAAGUGCGCAAUGCGAAUAACUGUCAAAUUGCAAUAUUGCUUUCUUAGAUGAAUUGCUUCGAUGUGGCCAUUUUAAUGCCCCAGUAAUGCUAUCAACUUACAACGAAUAUGGUAUUUCAACUUCUUACAAGCAUUAUAUUUUGUGGAUGUUACUCAUGAAGUGAUUAUUCAUACAAAAGUCCCGUUUCGUUUUACCAUGUUGUGCUUUAUACCACACGCGCGAGCGAGAAAAAAUUUGUUGUGAACAAAGUUGACAUAAUGUUUUAAUAUUGUUCUAUUUUUUGAAGAUCUGACUUUUAACUUUUAAUGUAUUUAAAAAUUGAUCAUAUUAUAACUAUGAUAAUGUUAACGUGCACAAUUGAAAUAGUGUUGUGUUGUACUAGUUGUAAGAAUAAAUUAUGUCAAAUGAUAUUAACAAGUCCAUUCUACAGACGCAAUAGAAAUUUUGUAAAUUAUUCUUUAUAGGUUAGUUAUUUUGUUAGAUUUUAUUUGUAAUUAUACUCUAAAUCACAUAACAAGUCCCAAUUAAUGAUAAUUACUAUGUUAAGAAUUUAUUUUUAAAUUAUUUUAAUGUAAAUAGUUAUUUGAGUAAAAUAAACAAGUUUAG